AUGUCCUCGCGAGGAGAGGAUCGUUCUUACAAAGUCGUUUAUUCCAGCCGAACCCGGGAUCCAGACCCAAUUGAUGAUCCGAUCCCUCGCCAGAGAACCAGACGUGACCACGACUACGAUUAUGACUAUCCCAUGGAACAAUCCUAUUCUCGUGAUUACAGAGAUGAUCGAAUUGAAAUUGACCGAAGAGUGCGAGCCACCGAUCCACGAGGCCAUCCCGCGCCUGCUCCAUUGCCUCAUGCUCCAGCUACAACAAAGACGACCUAUGAGGUGGGCCGGGACAGGAACUCCGAAGCAUAUGUCAAACGCUCAAAUGCCCUUGUCAUUGAACGUCCAAGAGAGGCUGGUCGGUACGAAUAUGAAGUGCUCCGACCAGAAAGACGAGAUGAUGGCACCUUUGUCGUCGAUGUGGACGGUCCACGCUCUCGUGACUAUGUCGACCGUGACGUGCCGGUCUAUGACUUGCCACCGCGGACGAGGUACUACGACAUGCCACCAGCAGCUCCGAGGCCGGUCAGGGAUGAUGACAUUGUUAUGUACGAAUCUUCGCACUCUGGCGGUCGUGAUCGAGCGGUAGCCCAAUCCAGUUACAAAGACGUUCAAGUUAUUGAGGACAUUGACGAUGACCCCCGAUAUAGACGUCGCGGCCGAGCACCAGAGGCUUAUAUUGAUGAUUCGGCUCCUCCAAAACGCCUCCGCAGCUCUAUGCGAGGUAGGAACAAUUCCCCACCUGAUCGAUUGGAACGCAGACGAUCUCAAAGUGUCGGCUUUUACCGUGACCAAAUCAUUCAUCAUGACGCCAGUGAAAGUCGACAUGAACGCCCCGGCGCCGAAGCACAUAUUGCCGGCAGAUAUUUGAGAAGAGACUACAACGAUGAUUUUGACGAUGAUUAUCGGCCUCGUCCUAGAAACGGCCGCAGAGACAGCUACGGUCCCCGGCGGAGUGAUCCGCGACUUAACGAUGACUACUACGACGACGAUCGACGAACGUAUACAGAAGAAACAAUGCGACGAUAUGAAUAUGAAGAUGAAGAACGCGCCGCUUAUCCGCCACAACGGGGAUAUUCCCGCCACCGCCGGCAUCGUCACCAUCGGAAUGAUGAUGAUCGGUCCACAUUCUCCGAGUACGAAACUGAGGUGAAGAAGACGAAAGAAUAUCAUCGUUAG